GGUAAUCUGGGGAGGGUAUCAAAACCUGGUACCGGAACGGUGAGACAAGGGUGGCUGUGCUGAAUUGCCCUAUGGUUAAACCGAAACACGAAAACAAGGCAAGCCUCGUCAUGUACUGAAAAAAUCAACGAAUAGAGAGAGGAGGAAAUCUUUUCAUUUGAAUUGUCUCAGUCUCACCCAAUCUCUCUUUUCAUCCCCAACCCAUAUCCCCUUAUUCUUAAUUGUCCGCCUGAUUUUGUAACAUCAUUACUUUUAGUUAAUUUAAAGAUAAGAGGGGUGAUUUGGGAUUUCAGGAAUUGUUUUGUUUGUUGAAGAUGAAUUGUUUGAAUAGUUUGAUCAGUGGUUAUGUUUCUCCAGUUGGAAAUCAUUCUCAAUUGUUUAAUGUUGGAAAAGGAAGAUAUCCUAUUAGAUUACAGAAUUCUUAUAAAGUUUGUGCAUCUCUUAGUGUUGAAGAACCACUGACCUCUACAAAUUCAACUAACAAUCUAGGGUUUAGGAAUAGUGAAGAGAUUAUGGCAGCAGAAGCAAAUCUUCUUGUUGGAACUUACAAUAGAGCUGCAGUUGUGGUUGCCAGUGGAAAGGGGUGUACAUUAUAUGAUGUUGAAGGGAAAGAAUACUUGGAUAUGGCCUCAGGUAUCGCGGUCAAUGCACUUGGACAUGGUGAUGAAGAUUGGGUGAAUGCAGUCACUCAGCAGGCUAAUAUUCUUACUCAUGUCAGUAAUGUGUACUACUCAGUGCCUCAGUUGGAACUUGCAAAGCGUCUAGUGGACGGUUCUUUCGCUGAUCGUGUUUUCUUUUGCAACUCUGGAACUGAGGCAAACGAAGCAGCUAUUAAAUUUGCGAGGAAAUAUCAACGGUUUUCACACCCUGAUGAGAAACAGCCAGCUGCAGAGUUCAUUUCAUUUACUAAUUCAUUCCAUGGGAGGACAAUGGGCGCUCUUGCUCUGACGAGUAAAGAACAGUACAGGUUGCCAUUUGAACCUGUUAUGCCUGGAGUUAGUUUCUUAGAGUAUGGUAAUAUAGAGGCUGCAAAAGAAGCAAUUCAACGGGGCAAAACAGCGGCAGUCUUUGUGGAACCCAUCCAGGGAGAAGGGGGGAUAUACAGCGCAACAAAAGAAUUUUUGCAGUCACUGCGUGAUGCAUGUGAUGCUGCUGGAUCCCUCCUGGUAUUCGACGAGGUUCAAUGCGGAUUAGGCCGAGCUGGGUAUCUUUGGGCACAUGAAAUAUAUGGUGUUUUCCCAGACAUAAUGACACUGGCCAAGCCUCUGGCUGGAGGUCUUCCUAUUGGCGCCGUCUUGAUGACAGAGAAAGUUGCUUCUGCGAUAAAUUAUGGUGAUCAUGGAAGCACCUUUGCUGGAUCCCCACUCGUCUGUAAUGCAGCUGUGGCCGUAUUCGAUAAAGUCACAAAGCCUGGGUUCUUAGCUAGUGUCACCAAGAAAGGGGAAUAUUUGAAAGAAUUGUUAUUACAGAAACUGGGAGGAAACAAGCAUGUAAAAGAAAUACGUGGGACUGGACUUAUUGUCGGGGUUGAGUUGGAUGUGUCUGCCUCACCUCUUGUUGAUGCUUGUCGCAAUUCUGGUCUUCUAAUUCUAACUGCAGGGAAAGGAAAUGUGGUAAGAAUCGUCCCUCCUUUGGUUAUAUCUGAGCAAGAAUUAGAACUUGGGGUUAACAUUUUGUCUAAGUGUAUGUCUGCAAUUGAUGAAAGUUAGUGGAUAUAGUAACGUGCUCUAUGCACAUCUUUUUUAUGUAAGGUGGAUUGAACGCGAAAUUUAUGGAUCUCGAUUUAGAGAGUUUGCAAGUUAAUGUUACUCGCCUUACUGUAGUCAAAUUUACUGGUA